GAGGAAAUCUCUACGCAGCAGCAGUAGCAGCAGUAGCUGAGCUGGUCACUUCAGCGGUCACCUCACCACCCCCCACACACAAACGUCGUCCUCCAGGACAAGAACACAAGGCGCCAGCGACUCGGCCGUACGCCUGUUGGCGAAACGAAAACUCAUAACGGCCUUAUUAUAGCAGUUUCGAUGAACCACCACACCAAACAAGAGAAAUAUUAACUGUUUCGAAAAAGAAGGAAAAGAAAAAAAAGAAAGAAAAAACAAACAAACAAACAAAACAAAAGCAGCCCUGCCUGCGACAGCAGUAACAAAACAAAUCAUAACCGGGGACGUUCGCGGGGACAAAUUAGGAACUGAGGGAGAAAACAAAUUUGAAAAGAGGCCGAUCGCGCUAUCAGCACAGAAAGAGGAAGAGGAAGAGAAAGAGAGAGAAAGAGAGUGUAAUAGAGACCGAUACAUUGGAGCGCAAUACAUUAUAACAUUGUCCAUUUCCAAAGGAUUUCUCGAGAAGGAAAAUCAAUUAUUUUUCGACGUGACGUGAAAUACAAAUCGUGAAGACAAUCUCAUCUCUGACUUUUCACCUUUCCAUUUUUGGUGUUGGUGUGUGUGUCUACAGCAAAAGCAGUUCCACACAUCAUCUCUGUCUUACUACCAUUGAUUGCCCUGCUACAUGAUGGGAGUGGUGAGCCUCGGUUGGAUGAUCUUGCUCUGUGUCCUUUCUGAACGGAUAACCGUGCAUGGAGACCGUCAGGAGAACAAGUGUAGCCAGAACGCCGAGGUGAUGGCCAUGAGCACGUGCCAGGGAGAGAGACAGAGACUCUCCCUCGCCAGCAAGACCAACAACACGGCGCUGCUCUGUCGGAGUCUCCAGCAGUACUCUGACUGCCUCAAGCCCCGUCUGCGUGGCUGUCAAGGCCCGGCCCGCAUGGCCUUUGACGUCAUCACCGGCAAGUACACGGCACCACCCUACAGCUGCCCACUACUGGAGCCCAGAGAGACACAGGACACCUUCCUCCCCGGCUCACGUUCUUCGGUGCCCCAGGCUACGUUCCCUGACUAUGUGAAGCCAGUGCACUACCCGCCAAACCAUUCCCUGGACAACCUCAAACUGAACACAGACAGGACUGGGGGCAUCAACGGUGACGGUGAAGGGAGCAACAACGAUGAGACCCUCAACUAUGACAACAUCCCUGGGGACAAUGAUCCGCAGCAACAACAGCAGGAGGAAGGCGCAACGCAAAGGAACAAUGAGGUCGACAGCAGCAGCAGCAGCAUCAUCAACAACAUGGAGAGUACCCACAGCAGCGACAGUUACACUGAGCAGCACCAGCAGCGGAGCACUGGAGGUGUUGGCGGAGGAGGAGGAGGAGGAAGAGGAGGAGAGGUGCGUUACAACUACCCCAGCGUAAGCAACUCUGGGAUCAGCGGUGGCCGAGGGUUGGAGUCGACUCAGCAGAACACAGAGCACACCCAGGAGAACACGGCACACACCCAAGAGAACACAGCGCACACCCAGCCGGAUACAGCAUACACCCAGCAGGGCACAGCAAACACCCAUGAGAACACAGCACACACCCAGCAGGGCACAGCAUACAGUCAGGGGAACACAGCACACACCCAGCAGGGCACAGCAUACAGUCAGGGGAACACAGCAUACACCCAGGAGAACACGGCACACACCCAACAGAACACGGCACACACCCAACAGAAUAUGGCACAGCAGAAUAUGGCACACACCCAGCAGAAUACAGCACACACCCAGCAGGAUACAGCACACACCCAGCAGGGCACAGCAUACAGUCAGGGGAACACAGCAUACACCCAGCAGAAUAAUAUUCCACAUACCCAGGAGAAGGAGAACACAGCACACACCCAGGAGAACACGGCACACACCCAGCAGAACACAGCGCACAGCCAGCCAAGCACAGAGAGGCCAGCACAGACAAAAAUCAGCUCCUCCGGGGUGGAGAGAGAAGAAACGGAGGACAGCGUCGUGGCUACCACACCCCCUCCAAACCGCCAGUUCCAGCCUUCCAAAGCCGAUGGGAACACUGCCAGCCGUGUGCUGACCCCUGCUCUAGGCCUUCUGUGCCAAUGUGCCAUUGCAGUUUCCCUCUACAUGCAUCUAGUGUUGUGAGGGAAAGCUGCUGUUUUUGUGUGGGUUUUUUUCAGUUUUACUAAUAAACAAAGAAGAUUUCAUAACACCUUA